CUCUGACUGAGAUUCGACAUCCACGUCUCAUGUAUUGUUUCAUGUGUUUCUUUUACAUUGUUGUGGUAAACUAAACGUUUUCUUGAAAGUUGUGCUUUGUGUGUAUAUAUAUAGGAAGGGGACACACCUCUCAUACUGGCAGCUGGUCGAGGUCACAUUAAAGUUGUUCAGGAGUUGAUCAAAGCAGGAGCGAAUUUGAACAUACAAAAUAAUGACGGAGACUCGGCAGUCAUCAGAUCUACCAUGGAGUAUCAACCAGGCACACUGAGGGAGCUACUGAUGGCAGUGUGUGACCUUAGGCUCAGAAACAAGGAGGGCCUAACAGCACUAAUGAUAGCUGACAAGAGUGAUAGAACUGACAUUACUAACAUUCUGCAGCAAGCAGACUUGGGCAAUAAGGAGAAUCUGUGUGGAAGAAAAGGAAGACAGCCAGCUCUCUGCCUCCCUGUUGAAGUAGAAACUCAGCCACUACUAAAGUGUUCAAGACAAGCGCUAAUGCCUGCCAAAAGAAUGAAUUUUAGGGCUGAGGACAAUGGCUUGACAUCUGGAUACAGUAAUCACGCAUCUGCUGCCAGAAAAUCGCAGAGGGUGCCAUAUGCCAAUAAAUCUCCUUUACGGAUAAAAACGUGUGCUACAAAGUGGAGAAACUUCGGGUCUGACGGCAAAGAUCCCACAUCAGAACAGCUGUCUCAAAUCGGAAGGAAAAUAACUGAGAGACCUCCUGAUAUAGAUCAUUGGACAUAGUCUCGGGUUUGAUAUGGGAAGUUAGAGUAGAUCCUGCUCUGAGGGAUAAUACCGUGAGUUUUGUACAAAUGUAUAUGCAGAGAAAACAGCUCCUGUAUUGAAUCCAUUGAGAUCAUUAUUUCCAAUCCAUGGAGAUGAAUGGCAAAUAAACUGCCAACUUAGGCUUUAUACAUGAAGC